CCCCAUUUGGCUCCGUCCGCUCCCUCCCCUGCCUCUCUCCUCCGAUCCAACCGAGCAACCGCCCGCCUCCUGGGGGCCCCCCCUCCACCGCUCGUCUCCAAUGCCACCGCCGCCGCCGCCCGCCUAGGGUCUCCCGGCGAUGGGGAACAACUGCGUCGGCCCCAACGCCCCCGGUCGCAACGGCUUCCUCGCCUCCGUCGCCAUCUGGCGCCCCGCCGCCGCGCGCCCCGACCCGGCGGCGCCCGCCCCCGACGCGCCCCCGCAGACGACGUUCUCCGACAAGGCGCCCGAGCCCGUCACCAUCCCCGCCUCCGAGCACUCCUCCCACCACUCCUCCCGCGCCGCGGACCCGCCGCCGCCCAAGGCCGCCGAGCCGCAGCCGGCGCAGGCGCAGACGCAGGCACCCGCUCCCGCGGCGAAGAAGCCCGUGCCCAAGGUCAAGCGCGUCCAGAGCGCCGGCCUCCAGGCCGACUCCGUCCUCAAGCGCGACGUCAACACCGCCCGCCUCAAGGACCUCUACACGAUCGGGAAGAAGCUCGGGCAGGGCCAGUUCGGCACCACCUACCUCUGCGUCGAGAAGGCCACCGGCAAGGAGUUCGCCUGCAAGUCCAUCGCCAAGCGGAAGCUGCUCACGGAGGAGGACGUCGAGGACGUGCGCCGCGAGAUCCAGAUCAUGCACCACCUCGCGGGCCACAGCAAUGUCGUGUCCAUCGUCGGGGCCUACGAGGACGCCGUCGCCGUGCAGCUCGUCAUGGAGCUCUGCGCCGGCGGGGAGCUCUUCGACAGGAUCAUCCAGAGGGGGCAUUACUCCGAGAAGGCCGCGGCCCAGCUCACGCGGGUCAUCGUUGGCGUUGUCGAGGCGUGCCACUCGCUCGGGGUGAUGCAUAGGGAUCUCAAGCCGGAGAAUUUCCUAUUCGUGAACCAGAACGAGGAUUCGCCGCUCAAGGCCAUUGAUUUUGGGCUCUCAAUCUUCUUCAAGCCAGGUCAGAUGUUUACAGAUGUUGUUGGAAGUCCAUACUAUGUUGCCCCUGAGGUUCUUCUAAAGCACUAUGGACGUGAGGUUGAUGUCUGGAGUGCCGGUGUAAUAAUAUAUAUCUUGUUGAGUGGGGUUCCUCCAUUCUGGGAUGAAAGUGAACAAGGGAUAUUCGAACAAGUUUUGAAAGGUGAGCUGGACUUUUCAACUGACCCCUGGCCUAGUAUCUCAGAGAGUGCAAAGGAUUUGGUCAGGAAAAUGCUUAUCCGUGAUCCAAAGAAGAGAUUGACUGCUCACGAAGCUCUAUGUCACCCUUGGGUUUGUGUUGAUGGAGUUGCUCCUGACAAGCCUCUUGAUUCUGCUGUCCUAAGUCGGUUAAAACAGUUUUCUGCAAUGAACAAACUAAAGAAAAUGGCCCUAAGGGUUAUUGCGGAGAGUUUAUCUGAAGAAGAAAUUGCAGGGUUGAAAGAAAUGUUCAAAAUGCUAGACACUGAUAACAGCGGUCAUAUCACAUUGGAGGAGCUAAAAUCUGGGUUGCAGCGAGUUGGUGCUACUUUGAUGGACUCAGAAAUUGAUGCUUUAAUGGAAGCAGCAGAUAUCGACAACAGUGGGACAAUUGAUUACGGGGAAUUCAUUGCUGCAACUAUGCAUAUAAACAAAGUUGACAAGGAGGAUAAGCUAUUUACCGCUUUCUCAUACUUUGAUAAAGAUGGCAGUGGUUACAUUACUCAAGAUGAGCUCCAAAAGGCAUGUGAAGAGUUUGGUAUAGGAGAUACCCAUCUCGAGGAUAUUAUUGGAGACGUUGAUAAGGACAAUGAUGGGCAGAUCGACUACAAUGAAUUUGUUGAAAUGAUGCAGAAAGGUAAUAAUCCAUUGGGUAGAAAGGGACAGCAAAGUAACGUGAACUUUGGUCUUGGGGAUGCACUGAAGCUUCGGUAAAGGAAGGUGUAGUUGAGCAAAAUUAUCAUUCAGUAACCCACAAAAGUUAGCCCAGAAGCAGAAUAGCACCAACAGCUUGAAUUGCAUGCAGGCCGGCAUUCAGACCCCAAGAUUCCAUGGCAUCUCUAUCCAAGUUUGGGGUCUCUGAAGCAGAGCUAACACAUGCGGGAGCUUGCGUACAAAGCGGCUUGGCUUACAAGUCAAAAGAUGGACAUAUAGGGUGCUGAGCAUGGCGUCGUUUGAUUUACCUCCACGAGGCAUGGGCCGCUAUCGUAGUUCCUCUUCGGUGGUAAGAAAUGUUGGAUGAAACUGCCAUGUAUACGCAUUGUAACUUGUAAGUAAGCAUGAGAGAGUUGAGUAGGUGAGGUUCUUUUCUUCUGUCUCUUAAAAAAAAAUCCCUGUUCUGGAACCAGCGGCAGGGAGAUCAUAUCGGAGCAAGUAAAACUCCAGCUGUUACGUUUGAUUCUGUUUGUCUGUGUCGAAUAGCGUAAGUAUAGGUUGUGUCUAUGUACUGUAGGUGAAAAGUCUGACAAAUGAAAAUGACUCUGGAGUUGUUAUUCUUCUCUUUUGGUGUUGUGAGAAACUGAGAACAAUGGAACGGACAAAAAAAGCCUGAUGAUGAUGACGAUUA